AUGUUUUUCACUUUUACAGUUUUUGUAUCUGAUUGGUAUCGUUCGGUAUUUCUUGAAGAAUUCAACAAACAACUGAUAGCACCAACCGUCCAAUUUUUCUUAAUUGCGAUCGUUCCACCAGUUGAUUUCCUGCAGACAUCGCUUUCCUUCAUUUCUUCUGAAUCUGAGGACUCAACUACUUGUGAUUCUAAAAUUGUCCGCAUACAGUUUGUCGAUCGUGUCGGUAAUGUUAAACAAAUUGAAGGAAAAGUUGAUGACAACCUAAUGACCCUGGCUCGCCAGCAUAACAUUGAAAUUGAAGGUGCAUGCGAGGCCUCUCUAGCAUGUUCCACUUGCCAUGUUUACAUCGACCAAAAAUUCUACAAUCAACUUCCUCCUGCUUCUGAAGAAGAAGAAGAUAUGUUGGAUCUAGCUGUGUUUUUACAAGAAAACUCCAGACUAUCUUGUCAAAUAUUUUUGACCAAAGAGUUGGAUGGCAUGAAGGUUACUCUGCCAAGGGCUACACGAAAUUUUUAUGUCGAUGGACACGUUCCACAACCUCAUUGA